AUGGCACGCACGAAAAUGCUAGCUCACAAGUCUACAGGCGGUAAGCCUACUCGAGGCUACAUCAACUCGGUCGGCUCCAAAUUGAAGUCAUCAUUCCACCGCUCCAAUAUGAAUGUACACCGAUUUCGUCCCGGCGAAGUGGCGUUGCGCGAGAUUAGACGAUACACGAGCUCUACGGAGCUGUUAAUCCGCAAAUUACCGUUUCAGAGACUGGUUAGGGAGAUCGCUGUCGAGUUUGGAGACUUCCGAUUUCAAUCAGCCGCAAUUGAAGCGCUGCAAGAAUCCUCCGAGGCGUACUUGGUUCAAUUAUUUGAGGAUAUGAGGUUAUGUGCGGUUCAUGCGAAGAGGGUGACGGUUAUGCCGAGGGAUUUGAUGCUUGCGAGGAGGUUGAGGGGGUAA